AUGGACGACGAGGAGCUGGACGAGCUCUACGAGGACGUCGUCGACCGGCUCCAGCGGUCCCUCGCGGACCCGGGCGUGCAGCCGCGCCUGCGGGAGCGGCUGCGCGCGUGCGCGCGGGCGAUGCGCGAGGGCGGCGACUCCUACUGCCGCGAGCUCUGGGAGCAGGAGGACCGCGGCGAACGGCGGCGCAGGCGCGAGGAGGACACCAGCAGCGACGAGGGGUCGCCCAGCCGGAGCAGGUCGGGCGCGGGAAGCGCCGCCCGACGCGCCUGCGCGGAGCAGGGCCGUGGAGGCGCAGGCAGCACCAGCAGCACCCGGAGUGCCAGCAGCGCCAGCGGCGGCGACGGUGGCCCCCGUGGCGCCCGCGGCGCGGGCGCGGCGGGCGCCGAGGGAGGCCGGCCCCCCGCGGCGAAGCGGCCCCGCGCCUGCGAGGGGCCCUUCCAGUAG